AUGUCUCCCUCCGAGCAAUCACGAACGAGCUCUGUGCCCGUUUUUGUGGGCAGUGGUGUUGUUACACCGAGUACGAGUAUGAUGCGGGGGAGGAGUAGUGGACAGGCUGUUAAUUAUGCGGAGGAUGAGACGGAGGUUGAGGGGAAGGAUGAGGAGGCUUUCACGCCUGGGCGUGGGGGGAGUCUUGGGAAGGGGAGGGGGAGGGGGAGGGGGGAGGGGGAGGGGGAGGGGGAGGGGGCGCUCGAGGUCGAGGUCGAGGUCGAGGAAAGGGAGCGUGCAGAGGGGAAAGGCGAGGAGAUGAAAGUCGGAGUUAUACGAUAUUGGAUAUGA